CUGAUUUCAUUUCAUUUUCAAUUCCACGAAUUCAAAAAUUAAAAAAUAAUAAAACCCUGUGCAUUUCCUUUGUACUUAUUUAGAUGUUCUCUCAUUCAUUUCCAGUUGCAUUGCCCUUUUAAAUUCUCUCUCAGCUCUCUCCUCUCUUCCAGCUGUCUCUGCCAAUCGAUUGCGCGUGGCCCGUCUGCCGGCUUCAGAUCGAAAUCGAAGAUAGAGAGAUGGCCAGUACUGAUAAAAGCAAGGCAGUGAAAUUCCAGAAGAGCUAUUUUGAUGUAUUGGGCAUAUGCUGUUCAUCUGAAGUCCCUCUCAUUGAAAAGAUUCUACAGCCGUUGGAAGGAAUCGAGAAAGUUUCAGUCAUUGUUCCUACGAGGACAGUGAUUGUGGUCCAUGACAACCUCCUCAUUUCCCAGAUCCAAAUAGUUAAAGCACUAAAUCAAGCGCGACUCGAGGCGAACAUUCGGGUCUACGGCCAAGAAAGAAAUGGGAAGAACUGGCCCAGUCCAUACACAGUGGCCUGUGGAAUUUUGCUUGUUAUAUCAUUUUUUAAAUUCUUUUUCCGCCCGUUGCUUUGGUUCGCCGUCGGUGCAACUGCAGUCGGCCUUCCUCCCAUCUUAUUGAGAAGUGUCGCGGCAUUGCGAAGGUUUACACUCGAUAUCAACAUCUUGGUAUUGAUUGCAGUGGGUGGAACGAUUGCAUUAGGAGAUUAUUGGGAAGCUGGGUCCAUUGUAUUUCUCUUCACCAUUGCCGAAUGGCUUGAAUCAAGAGCAAGCCAUAAGGCCACAGCAGUGAUGUCAUCGUUGAUGAGCAUGGCCCCCCAAAAGGCAAUCCUAGCCGAGAACGGGCAGGUGGUGGACGCUAAGGACGUGAAGGUGAACACGAUCCUGGCCGUUAAAGCUGGGGAUGUGAUCCCGAUCGAUGGGAUCGUCGUGAAAGGGAAGAGCGAAGUUGAUGAACGGACACUAACAGGAGAAUCACUUCCUGUUGCUAAGCAAGUUCAAUCCAGUGUAUGGGCAGGCACCAUAAACUUAAACGGUUAUAUCAGUGUGAAAACCACUGCAUUAGCUGAAGACUCUGCAGUGGCUAGAAUGGCAAAGCUGGUGGAAGAAGCACAGCAUAACAAGUCCAAGACACAAAGGCUCAUAGACACGUGUGCCAAGUAUUAUACACCAGGGGUGGUGCUGAUAUCUUUGGCAUUUGCGGUGGUCCCAGCUGCAUUGAGAGUACAUGAUCUGAGGCAUUGGUUUCGCUUAGGAUUAGUUCUCCUGGUGAGUGCAUGUCCAUGUGCACUCAUCCUAUCUACACCAGUCGCGACAUUUUGUUCACUUACGAAGGCCGCGACAAUGGGGCUCCUGAUCAAGGGUGGAGAUUAUCUCGAAUCUUUGGCCAAAAUCAAGAUCGUGGCAUUCGAUAAGACAGGGACCAUAACGAGAGGAGAAUUCACUAUUACAGAGUUUCGGUCCGUCUGCGAUGAUAUUAGCAUGGAUACAUUGCUGUAUUGGAUUUCAAGCAUUGAAAGCAAAUCGGGCCAUCCGAUGGCAGCUGCACUCGUCGAUUACAGCCGGUUGAACGGGGUCGAACCGCAGCCGGAAGAUGUCAAGGAGUUUCAGAUACUUCCUGGAGAAGGAAUAUAUGGAGAAAUCGACGGGAAGAGUAUUUAUGUUGGAAAUAAAAGAAUUGCAAUUAGGGCCGGCUGUGAACAAGUUCCGUCCCUGGAAGAAGCGAAGGAAGGAUCAACGGUUGGAUACGUGUUCUUGGGAUCGAUGGCUGUAGGCAUUUUCAGCUUAUCGGACACGUGCCGAUCUGGGGUGGCCGAGGCGAUCGACGAGUUGAAAUCGAUGGGGAUUACAACGGCGAUGCUCACCGGCGACAGCCGUGCAGCUGCCUUGCACGUGCAAGAACAGCUGAACCAUGCGAUCGGGGCCGUCCACGCCGAGCUCCUUCCAGAAGAGAAGGUGAAGAUCAUAAAAGAGCUCAAGAAUGACGGACCAACGGCGAUGGUCGGAGACGGUAUGAACGACGCACCUGCAUUAGCAACGGCCGAUAUCGGCAUCUCGAUGGGCAUAUCAGGAUCAACGGUCGCAACAGAAACUGGCCACAUAACACUCAUGUCCAACGACAUUCGUAAGAUCCCACAAUCUAUCCUGCUUGCAAGGAUUACUCGCCGUAAGAUAAUCGAGAACGUUGGAUUAUCGAUUUUCACUAAGAUCGCCAUCCUCGUCCUCGCCUUUAUGGGCCACCCACUUCUGUGGGCCGCAGUCCUUGCUGACGUCGGUACCUGUUUGUUGGUGAUCUUCAACAGUAUGUUACUCUUAAGAGGGACUACCGUACCAAAACAACGAUCUAGCAAGUCCAGCCACACAUCCGACGGUCAGAAAUCACAUGGGUGUUGUAGUGGGGGCCACACCAAAGGCGCAUGUGGUCCGGACGAUCAUCACCAUUCGACUCACGUUAGCCGGCAAUGUUGUUCGAAUGGAGGUGGGCCGAACACAUCCGACGGUGGGAAAGGAAGAUCGUGUUUGCAAGUUGGAUCGGGUCCGUGUGAGAAAGAUAACGUUAUGUGCUCAGGUCACGUGCAUGGAGGCCACACGAGUGGUAAUGGAUGUUGUGGUCGGGACUUGACCCCACAUGCUGCAGAUAUCCACACGUGUGUAGAUGGAGUGAAUGGACACGAUCAUAGGUCGUGUGAUGAUGCCCAUGCAGCCUGUGAACAGCACAACCAUCUCGACGGUCCAUCCACACCGCCCUGCGGGCAUGAUUGCUCGAAAGAUGGCACGCACGUGAAUAGUGCAAGACACGAGCAUGCUAUUUCAAUCGUCGGUGGGGAAGGAAUAUCACAAGUUGGAUCGGGUCCAUGUGAGAAAGAUAACGUGAUGUGUUCGGGUCCCGUGCAUGGAGGCCACACGAGUGGCAUUGGAUGUGGGCAUGAGAAGCACGUGCAUGGAGGCCACACGAGUGGCGAUGGAUGUGAACAUGAGAAGCACGUGCACGGAGGCCACACGAGUGGCAUUGGACGUGGACAUGCGAAGCACGGUUGUGAAGGGGACUCCACCUCACAUGCUGCACAUGUCCACACGUGUGAAAAUGGAGUAAACGGACACGAUCAUGCCCAUGCCACGUGUGCACAGCACAACCAUCUCGACGGUCCAUCCACACCGCCCUGCGGGCCUGAUCACUGUCAUGAUUGCUCGAAAGACGGGACGCACGUGAGACACGAGAUUUCAAUCGUCGGUGAGAAAGGAAGAGCAGCUCCACAAGUUGGAUCGGGUUCAUGUGAGAAAGAUAACGUGAUGUGCUCGGGUCACGUGCAUGGAGGCCACACGAGUAGCGUUGGAUGUGGCCAUGAGAAGCACGUUUGUGAUGGGGACUCGACACCACAUGCUGCACAUGUGCACGCGUGUGAAAACGAAGUGAACGGACACGAUCAUGGCUCGAGUGAUCAUGCCCAUCCCACGUGUGCACAGCACAACCAUCUCGACUGUUCACGCACACUUGUAGAUGAGCGCGGCGGGCAUACACCACAGAGCUGUUGUUCGCACGUGCAUGCCAGCGGCACUGGUGCUGUGUGUACGGCACACGUGUAUGCAAUAUGAACGGGACAAGAAGACUUGGUGACACGCGUGCAUAGAUGUGUGGCCCAGAUAGAGGAUGGUGGGGCCUGCGAAAGACAAGAUGGCAAAUAGAGGCCCAUUUAUCACACGUGUGGAGGGUGGGUGGGCCACUUUUAGAGAUUUUAUGUCAGAACUCGUGUUACUCGUUGUCACGUGCGAUGGUUGGGAUGCCACUCAAGCGGAAAUGUACUCAGUCAUUUGAAGAGAUGGGUGGGGGCAUUUUAGGGAAAUAGCAUAAAAUAAAGUUGCAAUUUUGUAAUCCAUGGUGAAAUGGAGUUGUAUUUUGCAUUUCCGUAAUUCAAGUAAUACAAAUAGUAAAAGGAUUUUCA